AUGUCACUCACCUGCCCCGACCUUCUCUGCUGCGAGUCCUCCAGCACCGUAUUCUCCGGUGACGGGGAGGAUUACUCGCCGGAAUACUCAUCGGACCUCGAAUCUCUGCUGCCGUACGGCGAGGAAUCCAUCGCCGGACUCCUAGAAGACGAGAGAGAUCCGGCUCGAAUUAGCUUUGAUUUCAACAGCCAAUCGAUCAAUGCUUCCGCUAGAUCGGAAUCUGUUGUUUGGAUCCUCAAGGUACAAAGAUUUUUCGGUUUUCAGCCGUUAACCGCGUAUCUCGCCGUCAACUAUUUCGAUAGAUUUCUCUUCAUUCAUCACUCGCCGAAAAUGUGCGGAUGGGCCUUGCAACUAUUGUCCAUUGCAUGCUUGUCAUUAGCUGCUAAGAUGGAGGAACCAUUGGUCCCUUCUCUUUUGGAUCUUCAGGUCGAAGGUGCAAAUUUUAUUUUCGAACCGAGGACUGUCCAAAGAAUGGAACUUCAUGUCUUGAGGGUAUUAGAUUGGAGACUUAGAUCCAUUUCACCUUUUUGCUACCUUCGAUUUUUGGCUCUAAAGAUCGAUCCGAAUGGGAUGUAUACCGAAUUUCUCAUAACAAGGGCGAACGAAAUUAUUCUCUCGACUAUUAAAGAGAAAAAUGUCUUCGAGUAUAGGCCAUCUUGCAUUGCAACUACAGCAAUACUCUGUGCAGCACAUGAUACACCGAAAUUCUCGUACAUUACUGCUCGACAUGCCGAGUCAUGGUUUGAUGGACUCCAUAAA